AAGAAGAACUCCCUUGCGGGCCUUGCCAUGUGCUGCGCUGCGCUGUGUAUACACGAUGGAGUGCCAGUGUGAACUUGUGUUGUGAACACAAAUAGCAUCUAAAAACGGCAACGGCUACGGCGGCGUCGUAUAGUUUGUUGUGUACGUACGACUGUUGGUUUUCAUUAGUAAUAAAUUAGUAUUCAUUCUUGUGGUGGGAAAUCAGUGUUCACACGCGCUGGAAGAAGCUUAUUUCGUUCGAUUCAUCGACAUCGAUAGUGAAGACAAUGGCACGGCCACAGCAUUUAGCUCCACUAGAGUUGGCCAAGUCAGCCCUCGCUCUCCUACAAGACGGUUCGGAUAGUGAAGAUGAGAUAUUAGCAUUGAGUCUGGUCACAUCAGCUGUUGCUCUUCACUUGCUCAAACAACCCAAAUAUGGAACAAAAAGACGGAGAAUUGCCGUUCAAGACGAGCCUGAUGUUGACUAUAAUAGGUAUUCUAGAAGUUCGACACCUGAGAGAGCAAUGGUCGCACAACGAAUUCCAAACCAUCAUCGGCCAGAAGUCCGCCGCCGGCCAGCAGUUGUUAACUCGCCCAUUGAGGAUAAGCUUGAAGACUCCGCCGAUGUGGGAGACUUUAAAAUCGAUGUUCACUCGAUGCCACUAACGUCUGCGGAUCAGCUUAACGACACCGAUACAACAGCCGAUAUUAAAGAUGGCUUGCAAGAUAUUUCACAAGACUCGGAAAAAAAACGUCGAAAACAAUGGUCACAAUUCGAAGAUGAAAGAAGACGGGUUCUGCUUGGACUCAAACCCACAGAUUCGAUCGAUCUCUUCUGUGCCGAGCCAAAGAUCACAGACUACAUGAGUCUUUUCUUGGACUUUCUUAAAUUGGACAUUAGUACUUUUAACUUGCUUCUUACAAUUAUCAAGAAAGACAUUGACCAUCAGACAACCUGCAUGCGCAUGACUGUUGCAUCCGAACAACGUUUAGCCAUCAUUCUGAGGUAUUUGGCAACCGGCGAGACAUACAAAACCAUGGAGAGAAAUAUCAAAAUAUCGCGAUCUUUCCUGUGCGUCAAUCUCCCACAAUUGUGUAAGGCGCUUUGGACAAAUUUACAAGAAAAGUAUUUAAGGCUACCGCUAUGUGAAUCAGAAUGGGCGAGCAAAGCUGAAGAAUUCGAAACUCAAUGGCAUUUUCCUCUAUGUCUGGGGGUCCUGACAAGGCGACAUUUCAAAUUUAAAUCGCCGCGAACUGUAAACUUAUUGGCUCUAGUCGAUGCCAAUAGCAAGUUUCUACACGUAGCUAUAGAGAAGGAAGAGGAAAGCGUUUAUCUGGCUCAGGACACAGCCCCGCCAGCUCAGAGCAUCGGCAACAAUCGAGUAUUGCCGUAUGUCUUCAUAUCGGAAAACGGCUUUGACCUAGAUGACCACAUUUUGACGCCUUUUGUCUACACCGAUACUAUCGCUCGGAGAGAUUUUAACAACCGUCUAAAAGCUACCGCCCAAGUGGCUGAUCUGGCAUUUAGAUUGCUCGUGAAACGCUUUAAGAUUCUUUCUUCCCAACUGAGUAUUUCCCAAUCUAAUGUGGAAGACGUUAUCAAGGCUUGCUGCAUCCUACACAACUUUCUAAUCGAACAUAAUUCGGAUUUAUAUUCAACCCAAGCCAACGAAGAGUUCACAGAAAUUGGGCCCGAAGUGAUAGCCUUAGGAGGGGUCACACAUUACAAUGAAAGUGCUGAAGCCAUGAGGGAAGAAUUUGCAGAUUACUUUGCUAAUGAGGGAAAUGUACCAACCUUUGAUGUCAGAAUGUUGGAGGAAGACAUAGGAGCAUCUUCUUCAAACGUUGUCGUUGAUGUCAUGUCGCUCUGAUUUCGCACCUUUCGUUCACCCGAAGCUUGAUAAAUGUCCGUUCUCUGAUGCUCAUCACCAUUCAUAGAAGGAGGGGCUUCUCCGAUCGAAUUCUGUAAAUGAAAUUAAUGUAAAUCAAAACAUAAAUAAGUAUUAAAUAAUAAAUAUUUCCAUAUUAUAUAAUGGAACAAAUAAGACUAAA